AUGGCACUCAACCUCAACGCAGUCCCGUCAAUAGCAGCCAUAGGAAUCAUAGGCAAACAUGACAAUCCACUACACAUCUCACAUUUCCCACCGCAACCCUCGGACCCUUUACCGAUGCUAUUCCUGAUCAACUCAUGCCUUGACAUCUUCGCGCUGCGCGCAUCCACCAGCACGGGCAAUUCGUCACUCAGCCAUGACCUCGGCCUCCUCCAAGCAGUCGACGAGCGUCUAUCGUGCUAUGGAUGGCAGACCAACACGGGGAUCAAGUUCGUGAUCGUCAUCGACAUGAUGGGCGGGCCUCGCGACUCUACUGCAUCGUCCAUCGUCUCGCCCUUGUCCCCGGCCGAGGAGAAAGACAAACGCAAGCUGCCCGCCGCCGCCGUUAUGGGUCUGCGCGACGCCGAUCUGAGACCUGCUUUCCGUGCCGUCCAGACUGCUUAUAUUCAACUCAUGCUCAACCCUUUCUACUCGCCUGACGACCGUACGCCCUUGCAGAUUGCUAAUUACGGGGGAAAGAGUCCGGAAAUUACAAGUAAGAAAUUCAUCAAUGAACUAAAGAGGAUAGGGAAAGUCUGGACUCCCGGGAUUGCGGCCGUAUGA